AUGAGAGUGCCGAAGGCCUUUGCUCUGACUCCACUGGAACUUGGUUGUCAUGGCGAAAGGUGUGCUUGCCUUUCUGGCCUUGUUACAUUUGACCACCUUACAUUGUCAACAGAAGAAUGUGUAAAUGGUAAAUGUAGCCUCACCGCAACUGAUUCUUACUUCCUCAUGCACCGGCUGCACUUGACGGUGUAUUCACGCCUUUACAGACGCGCUUACACACAUGCUUGCUAUGACAGGCGAGCACUAAGUGGGCUCUGCGAAGAGGACCCCAAGGUUGGUACAGCGACCUGGCGACGUGACAAGCCGAUUGAGCCGGGAGGGCAAGACAAUUGA